ACGGGUUUAGUUUUCCUGGUAGCUUUAUUACUUCCGCAAAUGAAACCGACUUCAUUCCAUUUUAUACCCCUUUCAUAUAUUUAACAUAGGGGAAGGGCAUGCUAUGCGCGUACUUUCUAUCCCCUUAUUUUUCCUUAUUUUUCCUGGAUGUUCUUUCCUAAUCUCGCCGUUGUCGGGUUCUCUGUAGGUUUACACGGACAGGAGAUGGAGUUCCAGUUUGUUCUGCUGGAGGUGGAACAGACUCUUAACACGAAGGACGUGGAGGCCCUUGCAUUCCUGUGCAGUGAGAUGCUCCGCAAGGACCUGCGCGGACUUACCGCGGCCAGCGAUCUCUUCUCCAUGCUGCAGAAGGAAGACCUCCUGUCCGCAGAGGAUCCUUCUCUUUUGACAGAGCUGCUUACAAUUUGCGGACAUAACAAAUUGAUCCGUGAUCAUCGACUGCCUCCUGCCUCCAGUAAUGUAACCCCCUACAGAAAGAUGCUGUUUGAACUGUCCGAAGAAAUCACACAGGAGGACCUUAAGAGUAUUAAAUUUCUGCUGCAAAGAAACCUUCCUCGGAGUAGAAUGGAUGAAACCACUACUAUGUUUAAACUGCUGCUGGAGUUGGAGAAGGCAGACGAGCUUAGCCAUAGCAACUUGGAAACACUGGAGAAAGUUGUCGGGAAGGUUAAUCCCAAACUCAAAAGCAAAAUAAGCCAUUAUAUGAAGACUCAGGGUACCCAUUCUCAGGAGACUGGCGAGAGCAGGACUGAGAGUGUGAAACUGUCUAUGCCUGAGCAGAGCACAACAACUGCACAGAGUGCACUGUCUCUUCCCUCUCACAUGCGUCAUACUUCAGCCACACAGGAGCUCAAUUUGAGGAUCCCUAUGGAGACUGAAUCAUUAUCCUCCAGCUUAUCUCAGACAUUCCAUGGUUUCAGCCUCCAGAGUAACUCCAAUGAUGGUGGGCCUGCUGACACACUAAGCAGGCCAAGCCUGCUUAGCACGGAGGCAUCCGAUUCCACUGCAGACCAUAAGCCAGAAGCCUCAGUCACACCCUUGGAUGACCAGGCCUUGGGUGUAUAUGAGAUGAAGGGGGAGAAAAGGGGAAUCUGUUUAAUCAUUAACAACUAUGACUUCUCAAGCUCACAACCAAGUCUAAAAAACAGGGAAGGAACACAGAAAGAUGCCAAGAACCUGGAGGAUGUGUUUCGUUGGCUUGGAUUUGAAACAUUGGUUGAGCACGACUGCAGCCACGAAAAGAUCCUGUCCCUGCUUCAGGAGCUGGGCAGAAAAGACCACACCCUCACGGAUGUGCUGGCGUGCUGCGUGCUCAGCCACGGCCGGCUGGGGGAGGUCUACGGGGUGGACGGCAAAGCGGUACCGCUCAAGGACCUGACAGAGCCUUUCUCAGGCAGCCGGUGCUCUACGCUAAGGGACAAGCCCAAGUUAUUCUUUGUGCAGGCAUGUCAAGAAAAGCCGAGGCAGAUUUGUUCAUCUGUCCAGGCCGACGGAGACGUUGAGAGUGACGCCUCAGUGCCAAAGGAUUCCCUCCAUGAUGCUGCGGACUUCCUGAUAGGCAUGUCCACCGUGCCCUACUCCCUUUCUUACAGAGACGGGAAACAGGGAACCUGGUAUAUCCAGUCUCUUUGCCGAAAACUGCUGCUACUGGUACCCAGAGGGACAGACCUGCUCUCCAUCCUGACGGAGGUCAACAACGACGUCAGCAAAAUGUCAGAUUUCACAGGCACCAAAAGGCAGAUACCCCAGCCUGCAUUUUCACUACGUAAGAAGGUCAUCUUCCCCACGCCAAAGGCACCAGCCCCCUCGCUGCACAAGUGAAGAGUCCGACAUUAAAACAGCGCAUCUCAAGAACACAGCACUGCAAAGAAUGUUUUUAUUUUUAGAAAAUAAAAUUUUAUGAAUAAAAAAAACUCUACUUAAGAUUCUUUGCGUUAAGCACAUACCCUUUCUGCUAUUUCUAACAAGAGUACAACAUAUCAGACCAAGGGAGUUCGUCUUUUUUUUAACUAAAGUCCAGGAAAUGAGGAGACGUGUAAAAUCCUUCAUUUGUUCCUUCAGCAUCAACACAAGGAAGCUGCACUAAAAAGUGCCUCCAGGGUUCUGAUGAAAAGGGCUGAGAUCCAGCAGAGGUCCUCCCUCAGUCCACAGGCAGAACCAGCGUCUUGGUCAGUGUGUACCUGGGCUCCGGCAUCUGCUUGCAGUCCUGGAAGCUUUGGAGACUUACCUCCCGAUUCACUAUGGUCAAGAUUUCCAGGAUGCUUUUGUUCCUACCAAAAAAGAAGAAAAUGCAGGCAUGUAAUAAAAACAAGGCGGUCGCCCCCCGCAUUUCCUGUAGCCCAGCCCACACACCUUGGGCAACCGUGCCUCAGCUGCUUACAGAGCUCCUGUAUAUAGAUGGAGCCUAGGUGGACAUGGCGGAAUGACUGGUAAUCCUCCACAGUAGCCAUGCCCAGGAGGAAGUCUGAGUCAUCCGGGAUUUCCCUGCUGUAGUUUCUGUCGCCGUCUCCAUCGCCAUCGGCCUGGAUGGACAGACCCUGCUGCUUUCCCUUGCCCUGACAGGCCUGGAAGAAGAACAUUUUGGGCUUGCCUGCUAAGGAGGGGCAGUUGCUGCUUUUGAACGGCUGGGUGAUUUCCUGGAUGAAGAUCGUUUCGCCAUCCGUGCCAAAGACGGAGCCUUUCUCGCCGUGCGAGAGGACACAGCAGACAAAGGCGUCCCUGGAGCUGUGGUCCCUCUUUCCAAAGUCUUUCACAGUGUUCAGCAUGUCUCUCGCAGUCAAAUCCUUGUAUUGAUGCACCUCAAAAUGCAGCCAGCUGAAGACUGAUGAUAGGUUGUCUAAAGUCAAAGGGACAGAGUGGGAAGUUAGUGAAUUCAGAUACCUGUUUUGCUCUGGAGACUUUCUGUCAGAAAUUUCAAAACAUUAUACCUAUUAAGGCAUAUUUUAUGGGAAAUAAUUAAGGUUGGGGCAGACAACUGAAAAGCUUGUAUGUUCAUUAUUACACUCAUAAAAUACAUAUAAGAUCA